AUGGACGAAGUUGUACGAGGCUGCGUUAGGCGUUCAGUACCUCCACGCACGCGGAGUCGUUCACGGCGAUCUGAAAGGGAACAACAUCGUGAUUGGGAGCGACCUCAAAGCGAAGGUGACAUUUUCGGACUGAGUUCAUUCGAAGCCAGUGAUGUCCAGCCGUUGGUGUCGGCGGCGUGGCAUUGGGUGGCCCCUGAAUGCUUUCCUGGUACGAAGGCAGGGGGUAAGGAGCAUACUCAAGGUAGACCAACGUUUGCGUCAGAUGUGUACUCUCUUGGAAUGUGCAUUGUAGAGGCGUUACGUGUAGUGGAGGCAUCGAAAUCUGGAAAAGGAUCGCAAUCGUGCUUGCCGUGGACAAGUCCAAACCUCAUCGCAGUGAAGCAUCAUGCGUCGCAGGGAGAAUUACCAUCUCCACCUGCGAUGUGCGAGGAUACGCAGUGGGAGUUGAUUAAGCGAAUGUGUGUGUUGGAGCCGACUCAGCGAAUUAAGAUUUCAACUGUGGUCGAUGAGCUGGUGAAGUUUGUGAAUAUCAACAAUGACAACCAAGAGAGAGAGAGAGAGAGAGAGAGUGAGAUUUCAACUGUGGUCGAUCAGCAGGCGAUGUUCGCGAAUGUCAACAAUGGUAACGAAGAGAGUGAUAUCUCCACGAAAGUGUCUACAAUGCAUAAAUUGAAAUUAGCACUUAAGUCGACUAUAUGCUCCCACUCUUGUGCUACUGAGAAAACCCACGUUUCAACAGAGCCAAAAUCUAUCCCCAGCAUUAUUUCAAAUGCGCAAACGGUUUUGACAUCCCUGCAGACGGGUGUGAAUCAGAACAGUGAUGUUCUCUUGCUGUAUACUUCGCUGUGGAAGAGUCUGGAGAUGGUGCAAGGAGAGAUUGAUGAAAAUCACAAUGACGAGUGCCGCGUUGCGUUCGGCUCACUCGUUACUGAUGCUAGUACUUUCACGAUGAAGCUGCAAAAUGCUGGUGACAGACUGAUCUCAGUAGCAGAAACGACAAUGCGGUACUACGCAUUAGAUCGCCGGUUGGACAAGCUGUGCGAAGCAUAUUUCAUUGUUCGACAAGACAAAUCAUGCUAA